CCUCUCAGGUGCGUCGACAUUCGACAACCAGGUGAGUAGUGGGAGCCAACAGGUGGGGUGUUUACAGUGCGUUGUUUUGUUUGUAAACAACAAUUUUACAAAAUUUUGACGAAAAUGAGCCAAGUUUUAUCAGAAAAGCGCCUCUUGAUAACAUACUGCGUUUGCACAGUACUGGGGGCUGUCGCAAGCAUAACCACCGGCAUCGCGUGGGGCCACUGGAAACUCACCCUCGACCAGUGCGUCAACGGGAAAAACUGCAGCUGUAUUUUGUAUGGCCAAUACACCCCAUCCAAAUUUUUAGGUGGCAGUACCGCGCCAUGCAUUUGGGUCACCUUCGGCCCCCUUUUCUACCUCCUGUUCACCAUUUCCAUGGCCUCCUUCCACGGUUACCGGGUGUUGUUUAGUGCGCGGUUCGUCAAGACCAGAACGAUAAUGAGCAAAAAUGAGGCUGGCGAAAUGGUGCAAAUGCGCGCUAUUCAGGUGGACGACACCCACCCCCUCCCCAAGUCGUUUUGGGUCACUCUUGCCGUACUUACGUCGAUUUUCACGCUCUAUGCUUUAAUCCACUUCGCCAUUUUCGUGGACGGUUACUACACCACGUGCAACCAGUACAGGAAGGUGCUGGAGAAGAUGCUGGGGGUCCACGGGACCGCUAUUCCCGUGAUCCACAAUCGCCUGUCUUGUCAGAGCAUUUUCGACUUUAUGGACUACAUGCAGCCGAGUAGUGGUUACGGGACCAGAGACGGUUUCAUUUUCACAGGGGCGGACUUGAUUAUCGGGAUAAUCGCGGCGGGUUUUGCGUGGGUGCUUUUCGGGGUUUCGGCGUUUUUCAACAUCAGGAAUGCGCGGAGUCCCGCUUAAGGGGUUUACUACGCGACGAGAGUUCAAGCGACAUGACCAGAGUACAAAGUUCGUAAAGAGAGCCAUUUAGACAACAAAUUUAUUGUAUGCAUUUAGAAAAUAUAAGUUACAAAAGUGCAAUUAAUGUUUAAAUACUACAUAUAUAAAUAAAUGGAAUGUUUUAUAUACGAACAGUGUAUACAGUUUUUUAUAAAUAAAUACUCUUUUUAACAUCAA